UAGAGCGUUUAAGACCUGCAGACAAUUUCAGUAGUCGUUAUUGCACUGUAUCAUGUUGGCUAUUGGAGUUGCACUGCGAAUAAUUGCUGUUAAACGCGCUAAACGGUAAUUUGUAAAAUUGCGAUUUUUUUUCCGCCUCCUGUUCUGUUUUCGCUGCUGCGCGGUGAAACGGUCGGAGGCUUGAGGAGGCUCCGUGUUUUUAAAGCCAGAAAUAGUCGCUGUCAGGAGGACUACUGUUUUGUUGAUGUCAUCCGCGGCAGAGCUGUAGCGACCUUCAUUUUCUGGGCAAGACCGGCAUAAACAAAGACUCGUUUUUUAGGGGGGUGGGUUGUUUGUUUUUUGUUCUUCGUUUGUUGUUGUGUUGUCUGUCAGCGACACCGGAGGAGAGGAUGGGACUUUUGCUGCGCGCUAUCCUGCUGUUAGCCGCUUGCACUUUCACCGCCGGCUCGGAUUUUCUGCUGGGAUCCAAACCCUCGGGACAGUCGGUGUUCGUGAGGCAGCCCGGCAGCGGCGAGGGCAGAGCGGCCAACGUCGUGAAGAGGUCCCUGCCUGCGUGGCUGGCUCCAUCGGCGAACCACAGGAUAAAACGGAGGAGUACCGAGCAGGGCGACUCGUGUCGGUCUCUACAAGGAUCUGACACCAAGUUACCAGACAACACCCACCGGUACAUCUUCAAUGACCUGAGCGGCUCGGUGUCCCUGGCCUGGCUUGGAGACAGCACCGGGGUCAUCCUGGUUUUGACGACUUUUCGGGUGCCCUUCUUCAUGAUCAGACUUGGACAGUCCAAACUCUAUCGGAGUGAGAACUACGGGAAGUCAUUCCAGGAUGUGACCAACCUCAUCAACAACACCUUUAUCAUGUCGGAGUAUGGCAUCGCAAUCGGCCCCGAGAACUCAGGGAAAGUGAUCCUGACAGGAGAAGUAUCUGGAGGUCACGAGUCUCGGAUUUUUGUCUCUGAUGACUUUGGAAAGAGUUUCACCCACCGGAAUCUGCCGUUCAUCCCCCUGAUGCAGAUUGCCUACAACCCUGAGAGCUCCGAUGUGCUGGUAGUCCUCAGCAGCAGAAAUGAACUGUGGCUGUCUGAGGAUUUUGGCAGCAACUGGAAGAAGAUCCACGACAUGGUGUGUCUGGUGAAAUGGGGAAGCAAAAGCACCAUUUUCUUUACUGCCAGCAUCAACGGAUCGUGCAUUGAUCGAGGAAUGUUGAAACUGAUGAGGACGACAGAUUACGGUAAAACCAUCAAGACUGUUGCCAGUAAGAUCUACUCUUUCGGCCUCGGUGGACGCUUCCUCUUUGCCUCUGUGAUGACGGGCAAGGGCACCCUGAGGAUGAUCCACGUCUCGGUGGAUCAGGGGGAGACUUGGAACAUGGCCCAGCUGCCUCCCGUGGGUCACGAGCAGUUCUACUCCAUCCUAGCAGCCAAUGAUGAAAUGGUCUUCAUGCAUGUUGAUGAGCCAGGAGACACAGGAUUUGGUACCAUUUAUGCAUCAGAUGACCGAGGCACUGUGUAUUCCAAGUCACUGGAGCGCCACCUUUAUACCACCACGGGGGGUGAUACAGACUUCACUAACGUCACCUCCCUGCGAGGAGUUUUCAUCACCAGUGUCCUGGCUGAAGAUGGCUCCGUGCAGACUGUGGUGUCCUUUGAUCAGGGAGGGGAAUGGGUUCCUCUGAGGAAACCUGACAACAGCAAGUGCGAUGCUACAGCCAAAGACCCAGACAAGUGCAGUCUCCACAUCCACGGCGCCUACAGCACUGCAAUGAGGCUGAACGUCCCCGUGCUUCCUCUGAGUGAGCCGAACGCCGUCGGUCUCAUCCUAGCUCACGGGAGUGUCGGUGAUGCCAUCUCACUGAUGAGGCCUGAUGUGUAUGUGUCUGACGAUGGGGGCUAUACCUGGAUAAAGGCCCUCAACGGACCCCACCACUAUGCUAUUCUGGACUCAGGAGGACUGUUGGUGGCUGUAGAGCAUAGCCCCACCCAACCUAUCAACCAGAUCAAAUUUUCUACUGAUGAAGGACAGUGCUGGGGCGUGUACAACUUCACCACAGAACCCAUCUACUUCACUGGGCUGGCGUCAGAGCCGGGCGCUCGCUCCAUGAAUGUCAGCAUCUGGGGCUACAGAGAUUCCCUCUUCAGCCAGUACUGGAUCUCCAUCACCAUUGACUUCAGGGAUCUUCUCACCAGAGACUGCCAAGACGGGGACUACGUGCCGUGGUUGGCCCACUCUGACGACAUCAGUGACCCCCAAGACGGCUGCAUGCUGGGCUACAAGGAGAAGUUCUUGCGCCUCAAAAAGGAUUCUGUUUGCUGGAAUGGACGCGAUUACCAGGUGAACACCGAGCCGACGCCAUGUCCGUGCACCCUGGACGACUUCAUGUGCGACUUUGGAUACUACCGUCAAGAGAACAGCUCUGAGUGUGUGGAGCAGCCGGACCUGCAAGGCACAGUGUUGGAGUUCUGUCUGCACGGCAAAGAGGAGCAGCUGCAGACUAGUGGCUACAGAAAAAUCCCUGGAGAUAAAUGUGAGGGAGGAACUAUGCCUGAGCGUAAAGAGAUUGACCUCAGUAAGAAUUGUGUCAGUGACCUGGUGGGCCCAGGACUGGCAGACGGUCACUCCUCCAAGUCGGUACCCAUCGUGAUCACAGUCAUCUUCGUCAUGCUGCUGAGCGUCGCAGCAGGGGUCGUCUUCAUCAAGAAAUACGUCUGCGGUGGCAGGUUCUUGGUUCACAGGUACUCUGUGCUGCAGCAGCACGUUGAGGAUAACGCCGCUGAGGGGAUGGACGAGCCGCUGGAGACCAACCACACUCGCAACGGCAAAAUCGAGUUCCACGAUGACUCAGACGAGGAUCUGCUUGAAUAAACCGGUCCAACCUGUCAUGCGACCGGUUUCCUGUCCACCCCAAGGCUGGCCGCUGUUCCUGUCACUCUUCGUCUCCGGUUACUUCUUCCUUUUCACCUUCUUGUAUAAACUUUGGCCUCAGCUACAGACCAAGAGUCUGCGUCACUCCGCUAUCAUCAGUGAAGUAAAAUGAAUGUACGGAGGCUUCCUGGGACUAACGCCGCAGUCGAGGAAGACCAUGAAGGAGGUCUUGUAGUGUUGUGCUUCAGUUGUCGAUUCUGUUGAGUGAAUUUGAAUCUCAGAGUUAUUUAUUUUAGGGAAUGAAGAACUGAUGCAGUAGUUUGAACUGCUGACAGAGGCAGAGCGAUGGGUUUUAAAGAAAAGCUAGUUGUAUAAAUCCACCAUUAAGGGUCCUGCUUCUCCCGUCACCUGGGAGCGCUCCUGGAAAUACUCCUCACUUCUCUUGAAGAUUUAUGUCCUUUUUCUCAUGCACUUGUACAUAGACCUGUUUGUCUAUUGUCAUUUUUUGACGUGGUAUCAGUCUGGUAGGUGUUAAAAAGGUUGCAGUUGGUUGCUGGCUAAUAACUCUCCCAGAACACUUAAUCCCUGCUGAUGAUAAAGUAUUUCCCUCAGAUGUCCAAGAGUUUUUAAAUUUAAGGUUUUUAUCCUGACUAGUCAGACUUUUGGUACGACUUGGCACUGGGGUCCAUGAUGGUAAAAAAAAAAAAAAAAAAAACAGAAGUGGAAAUGGCAAUAUCCAUUCGGUUUGAUAGCAAUAACAUGUUCGGUUUUAGUAUAUUGUCCAUGCACGUUAAACAAUCCCAUUGCCUGUCGUCUUUAGUUUGAUGAAUGGAAAAGUGUCAUUGAGCAAAACCCAGUCUGCGUUGAUGUCCAGGUUGGUGAAGUGUGUCUGUUUCACGACAGGAUUUGUUCAAACCUUCGUCUGCAGUAACUAACUGCCUAAAGCACAAGGUCCUUUAUAUGCUAAGAGUUUGUAGUUCAACAUUUUUCCUAAAUGUGACCUGCUGUGAUAAGACUAUUAAUCACUGUAGUUGAAUAGAAGUUGUGUUUGCAAUAAUUUGAGCAAUUUUUUACUAACCAGCUUUUAAAAUUAUGUAAAAACUGACAAAUUGUGGUUGAAAAACAUGAUGUCAGAAAUAAUUCUAGUUUGAUAGUAAAUGUCUGCAGACGUUUUUUACGACGCACCCAAAUAACCAAAUGCAUCGACGUAAUUUGGUGUUGGAACAAUAGGAGCAAUGCGAAAAAAAUAGUCACUUAAUGUAAAUGUUGUAUAGCGGAAUUACCACUGUAGCCUAUUGGAAGACCUAGCAGACAUGGCUGACUAAGCUACAAGACUGUUUAUUUUAUUUGGUUUUUUUGGUGUUUGAGGUGAAGUAAAUCUUAAAAAUAACAGGGUUAUUGAACGUUUCUCAUCUGUGUCUUUUAUAGUGAACUGUUUGAUUUUAAUCAACCUCCUCAACAAAUCUGUCUUAUCAUGUGAAGACUUUUAACUUUUCUUUUAAACAUUUGUUGCACAAUUAUUUGUCCGUCUUGUGUUUGAAUAUGUCGUUUUCUUACAGGUUUAAUUUAUUUGUGACGAGCUGGUUCAGAGUGCAGUAAAUUGGAUGUGGUUAUACAAAGUGCCUGGUGUGAGGAUCUGAUGUGUGGCCAGCAUCUAUUUACUCAUCUUUAUUUUUAUCCUCCAACAUGUAAGCAGUUUAAAUCCAGUAUGUCGGUGACACUCCUGAGUUGCACUUGUUGCCUAGAAUGAACUGUUGAGCUGUAAAUUUCUGUUUAAUCUGAGCUCCCACUGAACUGCAUGUUACCUCUCAAUGAUAAUUAAAUCCACAGAACUUUGUAAAGAAACAAAAAAGGUCGACGACAACCUGGAUACUGUGAUACUUUGACGAGAGAGUCAACUCAAAUGAAAAAAAAAACAAAACACAAAAGCUACAGGGUUAUUUUGAAGUCGCUUUACACUGGAAAGACUGAGUCUAAUUUAAUGACGGUUUAUUGCAUUAUGUGAGGGCAACACAUUUUUCUUCCAGUUUGAAACUGCUGUAGAAAUUACUAAGUCAUUGUGAUGGUUCUGUAAAUAUACACCUUUAUAUCUGCUACGUUUCUCUUUUCUGUAUAUUUGAGGCAAUUUUCUUUGGGUUUGCAAAUAAAUUCUUAUGUUCCUCUA